UCUGGGAUGAAGAAGAUUCGGCAGCAGCAUCUGCGGGAGCCGGUGACGCCAGAGCUCCUGGUGAGCCCCAGCAGCCAGGACGGGGACCUGGGCUCCGAGUGUCCGGAAGACAGAGGGAACUGGACGGGGCGGCUGGAUUUCCUCCUCUCCUGCAUCGGAUACUGCGUGGGACUCGGGAAUGUCUGGAGGUUCCCCUACAGGGCUUACACCAAUGGAGGAGGAGCUUUCCUGGUUCCUUACUUCAUCAUGCUGGCCAUCUGCGGGAUCCCCAUCUUCUUCAUGGAGCUCUCGCUUGGCCAGUUCUCCAGCCUGGGGCCACUCGCCGUCUGGAAGAUAAGCCCUCUCUUUAAAGGCGUUGGCAUGGGCACGAUCCUCAUCGUCUCCCUGGUGGCCAUUUACUACAAUAUGAUCAUUGCUUACGUUCUCUUCUACCUCUUUGCAUCCCUCACAAGCGACUUGCCCUGGCAGCACUGCGGCAACUGGUGGAACACCGACCUGUGCCUGGACCACCAUGUCAUCAAGGUGGGGAACACCACCUUCCCCGUCAACAUCACCAACACCGUCAGCCCCAGUGAGGAGUACUGGAGCCGGUACGUCCUGCACAUCCAAGGGAGCUCUGGGAUCGGGGAUCCCGGGAGGAUACGCUGGAACUUGUGUCUGUGUCUGCUCCUUUCUUGGACUAUCGUCUAUCUGUGCAUCCUAAAGGGAGUCAAAUCCUCUGGCAAGGUCGUGUACUUCACCGCCACCUUCCCGUACCUCAUCCUGGUGAUGCUGCUCAUUCGUGGUGUGACCCUGGAGGGGGCCUGGAAGGGGAUCCGGUUUUACCUCACGCCCCAGUUUGAUCACUUGCUGUCUUCCAAGGUGUGGAUCGAGGCAGCCUUGCAGAUUUUCUACUCCCUUGGGGUAGGCUUUGGGGGCCUCCUCACCUUCGCCUCGUACAACACCUUCCAUCAGAAUAUCUACAGAGACACGUUCAUAGUGACCCUGGGCAAUGCCAUCACCAGCAUCCUGGCAGGGUUUGCCAUCUUCUCUGUUUUGGGAUACAUGUCCCAGGAGCUUGGGGUCCCUGUUAACCAGGUGGCAAAAGCAGGUCCUGGCCUGGCUUUUGUGGUGUACCCCCAGGCCAUGACAAUGCUCCCCCUUUCUCCAUUCUGGUCUUUCCUGUUCUUCUUCAUGCUGUUAACCUUGGGCCUGGACAGCCAGUUUGCCUUUAUGGAGACCAUCGUUACGGCAGUGACAGAUGAAUUUCCCUACUACCUGCGGCCAAAGAAAGCUUCGUUCUCAGCUGUCAUCUGCAUUGUUCUCUUCCUGAUGGGUCUCAUCCUCACAACAGAGGGUGGGAUGUACUGGCUGGUCCUACUGGAUGACUACAGCGCUGGCUUUGGUGUCAUGGUGGUGGUGAUCACUACCUGCCUCGUGGUGACACGUGUCUAUGGCAUGAAGAGGUUCUGCCGAGAUAUCCACAUGAUGCUGGGCUUCAAACCAGGGCCCUACUUCAGAGCCUGCUGGAUGGUCCUGUCCCCAGCAACAAUGAUGGCUCUGCUGGCCUACAACAUCAUCAAGUACCAGCCCUCCGAGUACGGCAGCUACCGCUUUCCCGCCUGGGCUGAGGUCUUGGGCAUCCUCAUGGGAGUCCUCUCCUGCCUGAUGAUUCCCGUGGGCAUGGUGAUAGCUGUGCUCCAAGAAGAAGGGACGCUGUGGGAGCGAGUCCAGCAAGCCAGCCAGCCCGCCAUGGACUGGGGCCCAUCGCUGGAGGAGAACCGGACCGGCAUGUACGUGGCGAGCCUGGCUGGCAGCCAGUCCCCCAAGCCGCUGAUGGUCCACAUGCGGAAAUACGGGGGCAUCACCAGCUACGAGAACACGGCCAUCGAGGUGGACCGAGAGAUGGAGGAGGAGGAGGAGUCCAUGAUGUGA